CGUGUACAAAGCUUGGACUCAAGUGCGACUACAAGCCCCCGAGAUGGUGGGCCAAUACCGAACACCGGCGGAAACAGAGGGAUAGACUCAAGGAUAGGGUCCGGCAAUCAAAGGUUAUGGAAAAGGAGGGAACUAUAAAGGAAUAUGAGGACCGAAUUCGUGCACUCGUAGAGAAGCCAUCCCUAGGCAAUGAUGAUGGCUUCAGCCUUUCAAUGUUUGGUGAACAGCCUAAUCUUUUUGCUGCGCCUGGUUCAGCGCCCAUGAUCCCAUUUGAUAUGAGCGUUCAAACCAACACCCAGGCUUUCAUCAACAAUGUGCCGUUGAGCCAAGGACUUCCUUUCCCUGCAUAUAAUCACUUCAGCAGUAUGCCGAACCCACAGCUGCUUCAGCCCACAACCCAGCUUCCGCCGAUUACCAGCCCACAGCUUCCUCUUCCCAUGUCACAGCUUCAGCUACCAGUGAAUCAACUCCAAGCUUCGAAUAUGCAAGUCCAAGUAUCAACUGAUCAGGCCCAACCAGCGACUACGCAGCUCCACGUUUCUGCAGAGCAAUUACAAUCGCCGAAUACACAGUUUCAGUCAUCAGCUGACCAGCUUCAACCAGCUACUACACAGUUCCAGACACCAACCGGUCAGGCCCAGUCGGCAGUCGCACGGUUUCAGGCUUCUGCAGAACAGUUUCAGUCAUCAAUUCCGCAGCUUCAAACACCAACUGAUAAUCGUCAACCAGCGGCAACGCAGUUCCAAGUCCCAGUUGAACAGUCAGCUACUGAAUAUCAGCUGCCAGCCGAACCGAUCCCAUCAACAGCUACACAGUUUCAAGCUCAUACAGAACAUUUCCAGUCUUCUACUCCGCAGCUUCAUCUACCAGAUGGACAAUUCCAGUCGUCGACUGCGGAGUUUCAAUCACCCGUUGAUCAGGCUCAAUCAUCAGUCACACAGUUCCAAGUUCCUGAAGAGCAAUUCCAGUCCUCUACUCCGCAACUUCAAUCUCCAAUUGAACAGUUCCAGUCCUCCACUUCGCAGGCCCAUCCAUCUGCGGAGCAAUAUCAAACAUCCGCUGUGCAUCCCCAACCAACAACGAACCAUAUUCACUCAGGGAAUACGCAGUUCCAACCAUCUGUGGAACAAUUUCAAUCAACUGCGCAAACUCAGCCAUCUGUUGGGCAAUUCCAGUCGCCAGCCGAACAGUUUCAGAUACCAAGUACUCCAUUUCAACCAUCGGCACAAUUCCAGUCACCAAAUCCUCAGUUUCAGCCAACAGCUGCGCAAUUUCAGGCUCCAGGCUCUCAAUUCCAGCCACUUUCUGCACAGUUCCCGGUUCCAGGAUUUCAGUUCCCCAUGCCAAACAUGCAGCUUCAAACACCUACACCAAACCCUAACAUGCCCACCAAUAACUGGUUCCAGAAUAACACGAACUAUGUUCAAUCAUAUAACCCGUGCGGCCCGUAUCCUACCUACAACCACAUGAGCGCUCCAGGCCCCAUGUAUCAGAACGUACCGUUAUCGUCAAGCCUGCGAAGCCUGAUCUCCGUAGAGGACCGUGACCGACCACUUCUCGACCAUUUUGUCGACAAUGUUCUGCGGUUAAUCUUCCCUGUCAUCGGGGUACACCAAGGAGGUGCUUCUUGUAUCAAUGAGAUUUUGAAAUUGAUGCAAAGCAAUCGCUCUUACCUUCAUUGCUGUCUCAGCGCAGGUGCAAUCCACCUGAAGACCAGCAUGGGAAUGGAGGACCAGAUGGACCAUGACAUCAUGCAGCACCGAUAUGCAGCAAUCUCGCAGCUUAGUCGUGUCUUGAGCCGUGGCAGCGGCCAUAUGCAGAUUUUGGACGCAACACUUGCAAUGAUCCUUUACCACUGCUCCGUGGGAACGACAGAUGAUUACUUGCCGGAUGUCCCGUGGACCACCCAUUUCCAGGCAGUGACAAGCAUCAUCAAGAAGCUCAACUGUGCUCCGAAUCAGUUCAAUAUUUCUCUCAUAACAUGGAUCGACAUUCUGGGCGCUACCAUGCAGGGGACAACACCGGAAUUUUCCCAUACACACCGUACUAAGCAUUUGAGCGGCACUCAGUCUGGCCUCCAGCAGUUGAUGGGAUGUGACGAUCGUGUUAUGUACCUUAUCUCAGAGAUUGUGUGUCUGGAAGCCUUAAAGAUCGAGACCAACAUGGAUGAGUUGACUAUCUACAGCCAUGUCUCUGCGAUGACCGCUCAGAUUGAUUACACCGAGCCAACCGAUCGGACUCUUGAGCCACCCUUUGAUGCUAACGGCGCCGUCAGGCAAGAUAUGUUGACGAAAAUCAUAACCACCUUGUACCGCAUUGCGGCCCGCAUUUAUCUGUUCAGUCUGACGCCCGGAUUUGAUUUCCACGAACCUUCCGUUGUCAGUCAAGUUGCGCGUGUGGCAGAGAUCCUGCAGUACAUGCCAUCCGGCCCCAGAGGGUAUGAUCGUUGCCUUGUGUGGCCGUUGUUUAUUGUGGGAGUACACUCAGUGCCCUCCAGUAUAUUCCGGAAAACCUUAGCUGAAAGAGUCGCAGCUUUGGGGUAUAUGAGCGAGUUUGGAAGCUUCGGUCGGAUGUACCGUGUGCUGAAAGAGAUUUGGAAAGAAUCCAAGCCAAAAUUAAAGGGUAAAGCAAAUGCAAAGGGGAAAGGGAAGGCCAAAUCCAAGGAACGGCCUGCCACUGACUCGGACGACUCGGAUGCCUCUGAUGAAUCCGACUUGGAGUCCGACGAGGAAACCCCGGCACCUGCUAGUAGCUCUAAAGCUGCUGGAAAGCGGCCGGACAAGCCUGGAGAGGGAAAGCUCCAUUGGCGGGAAAUCAUGCGACGCAACAAAUGGAAUUAUCUAUUGCUGUAGAGGCAUAAUGUGCCUCUUGAAUAGUAGUCGAUGAUGGAACUACAUGAUUCACCCUUGAAAGGGACAUCAGGAAACAAUAUACAGCCUAGUUACUCGACUUAGCGACAGAGGGGACAGCAAGUCUAUUUAACUUG